GUCAAGACUAGAAAACUGCAUCCAGGCCGCCAGCCCUUGUCUAAAAGGGGACUCACACAUUCUAGAAAGGGUCCAUAGCAAGGCAACACGUAUGGUUCUCGGAAUGACUAAUUUAUCAUACGGGGAAAGACUAGACAGUUUAAAUCUCUUCUCCGUAGGCAGAGAGGAGAUUUAAUCACAAUGUUUAAAAUUUUAAAUAAUGACUACGGACCUGACCUAUUCUCUCUUUUCCUUCCUACCAGGUCGGAACACCUUAGAGAACAUAGCAAGAGAGUUCAAAAGCCGAGAAGAAAUCAUAUUGCUGUUGAGUGCUGGUUCUCACUUCGAGUCAUAAACUCUUGGAACCGACUCCCAGAAGAAGUGGUGUCUGCAACCUCAACUGAUUCGUUCAAGAAGGGUUUGGAAAACCACAGAAAUUUACUAGAAAAGGAUUAACAUAGGCUCCAAGCCUUCUAUCCUCAACCAAUAAAUCUGAAAUCUUAAUAUGUCCUGUGAGGGCUGCAACAACGCUGAUGAGCAAACCUAAUAGGUCCUGAUCUACUCCUGAAAAUCCCUCGAAAAAGAACACGGAGCUGAAUUCGUUCUAGUCAUGCUGAAAACCAGCACUGAGUUCUAGUCUGUGCCAUUAAACAAUCCAUUUCAGAACAGAUUCAGAAUUUACUCACUAUAGGAUGCUAGAAUUAUCUCAGAAUUACUGAGAUUUAAUUGAGCAUUAUUGUAAGCUUGGGUAAUCUACAAAUUAGAGUAGGUUCAUAGUCUUUUCAUGAAAUUCGGAACACUGAUGAGAUCUUCCAUGAGGCAGGAUAAGGCGUAAUCUUUCCUUUUGUGGUAGAUCAGUCAUACCAUGAGUCAUAAAUUGUCUUCCUUUGAGGCACACAGAACAUCAGUUUUCCUUAAGACAUGAGCAUUUCUGUAGUUUUGACCUCACCGGAGAUGUAAGGUCAUGAACAUCUAACUGGUGAUUCUCGCAAAGUCUUGGAUUAGGGUUUAGAACUGCAAGCUGCCACCGCGUAACAGUCUACCGUGGUUUUGGGUCAUGACUAACUAUAACACCUAGUUAUGUGUGCAUCUGAACAAAAGGGAGUGAAUUUCACUCUGUGUCAUCCCAGCUGAUACUUGAGUGUUCACUGUGCUUGUGUAGGAACUUCAUUACGUUGGUUGACAGCAUCCAUUCUCUGGACCACUCUAAUAUUGUCGACAUCUUCCAGUGUCAGCAUAUAGAUAUCACCAUAAGGCUUUCGUCAAAUCUUUAGGUGAUCUGAGUAGAGGACUUCGGGAGAUUUAGUGAGCCUAGGUAAUUCGUUGAUAUAGAGGAUGCAUAGGAGGAGGCUGUGUACGGUACCUUGUGGUGCACCACUACACACCUUUGUCGAUAAAGAGAGUUUUGAGUUGAUCUUGACUUUGUGUCCUAACGACGAGGAAUUCCUUAAUCCAGUUUAGCAGGCGGUUCUUGACCCUACAACUCUCCAGUUUUCUGAGAAGUCUUGUUUGAAUCUACGGAGACGAUGUCAACAGAUUUUUCUGUUGUCUCUGGGCCUAAAUCAACCUUCCCUUGCUGUAAGGUUCGUCAGACACGAGAGGUUUCUCCGGAAACGGUGAUAUGCUGAGGAUAGAAAUCUAUUUUCCAAAUACGUUCGAUUGUUAUUUCUUCUUCCCGAUCACGAAGUAACACUCCAUAAGAGAAAUAGCCUUCAAGGUCGUAGUCAGUGCACUAGAUGUGUGAGCUGCCAGCUCCCUGAGGAGCCUUGGGUGUAGGUCAUCUGGUUGCAUUAAUUUUGGUUUGUUUAGUUUCUUUAGGGAUUGGAAUACGAUGGUUUGGUCGGUGUCGGUAGAAUUUACUUUGUUUCCUUGUUGCUGCGUCAGAGGUGUUGCUACGGGUGGUGACGACUCUUGUGUGCGGAAUUUGCAGACAACCAUUUCUUUCUCUUUUUGCUUGGUUCUUUUCGAUUUCGUCGGAAUCAGUUUUGAGGCUCCAUUGGAAGACUUAUUGUUAAGACCCAUACACGAAAAUAUUUUCUUGGAACUGCAAUAUACCGCUAUGGGGCAGUCUCUCGUUCUUUUGUCUUUUAGUCUACAUCACAAAGUUCGCAUGGUCCUGUGACAUGCAAAGCUAGGUACUUCUUGCCAGGUAUAACUACUCCACUCCUCUGAGGUUAUUGUAUUUUCCCUGAGCACGAUGACGUUUUGAAGACUAACGUCAUUGUGGUUAAUUUCGGAUGUUAGCCAUGAUUCCGUAUUGACAAUGUUAUAGUCAACUACACUACCAGGCUUAGUCCUUUACUGCAACAAACUGCGGGCAUUAGUGUAGCAGACUGUUUGGUCAUUUCGGUGCUUCAGGGUAUCACCCAAAGAAGUUUGGGAGUCAUUAAACCUCAAACUUUUACCCACCGGAAACCUUUAAUAACCCUCGCCCUCGUGCUCUCAGCUCCAAUGCAGCAAACUGUCCUUUUUGCUGUUUGCUAGACCUAAGUCUGUAGGGACUGAGAUGUUCGAUCCCUUAAAGGUUUGAGAAUUUCACCUCUUAGUUUUUGAGUUUAAUGACUUUGAGAAGGCGCAUCGACUGAAUACUGUAAAGUCAGCCUCUUGGCGAAUUCUGCACAGACUGAAUGGCAAAACCUGUUACCUUUGUAGGGGGUAACCUGUUUAGUCCGACUAAACAGUAAUUGCGUUCGAACCUUGGCCUUCGAUCUAGAACUUUGGGUUCUUCCACAUUAUGGAGGAUGAGUGACCUGUCAAAGAGAUCAUGUUUGGUGCGGUUGGCCUUUUUGCUUUUAGAUAACGGUAUUUCUACAAAUUUCAAGGGUAAUAUGUCUUGUGAAGUGGUUUUGUGUUGCUUUCUGCAAGUCACAACAUCAUUCACAUUCUCUGGCGUUCUCUUCGCCGAACUUUGGCGGUGAUUGCUUACUAUCUACCUGCGCUGUGAAUGAGGCUAUAUCUGCAAUGGCGACUUGCGCUGUUGGUCUCCAAUUCUCGCUACGCAUUUUCCUUCUGAGGGCGCUAACAGUGUCUCAACGAGGGUUCUUUUUGGUGUGUCGAUGGCGCAAACAGCAUGGUCGGUGUCCGAGCACAGGUUGUUUAUCCCCUGUGAUAGAUGACCUUUUUAAUCUAGAAGCUUCAGUGCCCCAUCAAGCACCACCCCAACAAUCAUUAAACAGCCAAUAAGCAAGGAGCUUGUAGUAACGCUUGUAUGCUGCAGGGGUCACGUUGGUGAAUAUAUUAUGCAGCCACCGAUUGCUGUUAUCACAUUGCAUAACAUCCUUCACUGGAUAGUGAUACAUUCGCUUCCCACAACCUUUCCUUGUACGCAUAUUUUCAAAAUGUAAAUGCUUUAUCACAGAAAGUGUGGCACUUAUAAGCAAACAAAGAUUACCCACAGUACAGAUCAGGAUUUUAUGAAAAAUACAAAAACUGGGAAGCUAGACUGCUAAAAACACGCUUUCUACGGCUAAGUAACCUCGAAACCUAUAAAAAACUUGUAGUGUAUCAAACAACAAGAGCUGGAUUAAAAAUCACUCCCUUUUCAAAAUUCUCUCUUCAGCAUUCACUAGGAAAUUAAAUUUUAUUGACUACUUAAGUGAAUCGUGAUCCUAGUACUAGUUCUCUUAAUUAGCUGGAGCUUAAUGCCGCCUUAUAUUCUGCGAAAAACAGUUUGUUUCCGGAAUACUCGGUUCUUAUCAUUUGCUAUUUGACUUUUAUUUCAAGUGAGCUGAAUGCAUAACAAGUUAGAAAUUUUUUCAAGUCCUUAUACAAAGGAAAUUAUUGGUCUAAUCUUAUACUGUUGAAGUGUGCGAAUAACUGAAUUACUCAUUAUUUGGUGGUUGCCGGCAGAUCAGUUUGUAUCAAAUAGCGGAUGAUCUUUUGUUUUAUUUGGGAUCAACUUAUUCUGCGAUGUAUUUUAACUGUUUCAGUUCACAUACUGUCGUCUAAAUCUGGCUAUAUAAGUAAAAUAUCAUCCCAAAUUAAGCAAUUGAGGCGAGAGUGACCUAGUUGACUUAAUUUUUACGAAGUUGUAACAAGGGUAUUCCACCUACAUAUUCCCUUCGGUUACAUUCAAUUGGCUGGAAAAAUUAACAUUUGCACCUGUUUCCACAUUACAGCAGCAAAUGGUCAACUUUUGCACUUUCGUUAAACUUCAACAACUUACUAAACUUCAUAUACACCUUCUCCUUAAUGAAUUUGAAUAGAGGAAUAACAACACAUGGUGCAGGAUACAACGGAUCCAUUGUUUAUUUCUUCGGUAUCAUGUCAGCUGCAUACAAACUAAGUUAUGAAAUUUAAUACUUCUGUCAUAUUUCUAAUAUACUUUAGUUCUUUGGAGAUAUUUCGUGGAACAGUAAUUGAGAAUUCUCAUAGUACAUAAAUGAAUCAAAUGUUAAGUUAGUAAAAUGUAGAAUAUUUCUGUGUUGUGAUCGAAGUUUCUCGAAUAAGACAAGAAAUGCGGAGCACGGGUAACAACAAGAUAUUGAGAUAAAUAAGUGGUAGGAAAUUGCUAAUACAUAAAUGAGACAUGAAAAAAUACCUUGAGUUAAGACCAUUCGGUCAGAUAUCAGGCACAUUAAUCAUGACGCUUACCAAGUGGUGAAGUAACUAAGAGUGAAAAAUCUACAUUUCUGUUUAAUAGAUAAUAUGAUCAAUUAAGGUUAAAAAGAAGUUGCCAAGGUAUGGACAAACUUAGUAAAGCUUCUGUUUAAACACGUAGAACACGUCUUAGCCUUUUUGAUAGUGAUGGCCUCUAAGAAAUUCCAGACACUUAUGUUUGAUUGUUUAUUAUUCUGACAGAAUUCGAGACGUCUAACUGAUGUCCUUUGUUAUUCAGAUAUAUUGAUGUCCGCUUUUUACUAUUUUAUUAGAGAAACUUCGAUCACACCAUACAUAUAAUUACAGAAAUAUUUUGUAGUUUACUAACUUAACAUUUGAUUCAUUUAUGUACUAUGAGAAUUCUCAAUUACUGUUCCACGAAAUAUCUCCAAAGAACUAAAGUAUAUUAGAAAUAUGACAGAAGUAUUAAAUUUCAUAACUUAGUUUGUAUGCAGCUGACAUGAUACCGAAGAAAUAAACAAUGGAUCCGUUGUAUCCUGCACCAUGUGUUGUUGCUUUGUUCAACAACCUACUUCUGGAAGUCACUUUCAUCUGUUCCCACUUUUGACACAAUUUAUUAUUCUUGUAAAAAUUGUGUGAAUAAGUUCAAGUUAAAGGGGGAAUAAAUUAUGUACGUGCUUAGCGUUUAGGGAAAAAAACAUGCAUGAGAUCAAUUUCGUGUCAUUUUACUUAGGAUUGCAAACAUAAAUUUGCAGCAUCUUAGGCAUACAUUUAUUUAUUUUGAAAUUAUUCAGAUUGGUUUCCACCUUACCUGCCCACCAUUAAUUAAUUUGGGAACUGAAUACUAAUAGAUCAAUGCAAUUCCUGGAUAAUUUUCGAAAUACUGACCGUAAUCGUCUUCGCAACAGUGUUGUAUCAAUCAUUUCAGGAUUUCUAUUUGCAUUGGGCUGGUGGAUAGCGAUUGAUGCGGCUGUUCUUUUUGCUGAGGAUAAUGCUUUACCCAAUGCGUAUCACACCGCAGGCGUGUUCAGCACUAUUGCUUUUAUUCUGGUUAAUAGUGUUCCAAAUGGAGUGUUGAGAGACGAAUUUUCAGACAGUCGUAUUGGAAGACGUGGAGCUCUAAUAUGCUUGUUCGUUGCCUUCUCAAUGGCCUUUAGCAGUGUGAUAGCUUCAUGUUGGAUACUAUUCGGAGGUUAUGUCGCUGCAGGGAAGAAGCCAGUAUGGCCCGGUAUAGCUAUACUAUUACAGAAUUUACUGCUAUGUGUAUCUUCGAUGUUGUUUAAAUUCGGUAGAAAAGAUGUUGACGAAUUCUAA